AUGGGGCUCGAGGAGCGCGCGCUCGUGCUUACGGAGCGCCUGAUAGCUCUGGACCAGGUGAAGGAGUGGAAGCACCUGGUCAAGACGGAGCUGGCCCAGCCAGAGUACCCCCUGGACCAGGUGCAGAGUCUGCGGCCCUCGACGACUGUGGAGAACCCGCUCAUGUACUGCCUCCUAGAGAAGAUGGGGCUGCUGGGGCUCAUCAAGCGCACGGUCAUCGACCUGCACUGCGAGGCGAUGCAGUCGGUGGCUGCGGCGUCCAAGAAGCAGGUGAAGCUCGCGUCAGACGACAGUCGGCUGCUGCCUGGAGCUCAAACCACGAACGGCUGCAGUCUCGACGUUGUUCGAGCUGCGCGAGACAAUUGGGAGAGGAUCACGAGCGAUGAGAUGCUGCGAGUCGCAAAGGAACUCGGACGACCACUGGGCACGAAGCCUGCCAAAGCUACCAAGGUGCUUGCUGCGCGCUUCCUGUAUGACGGGAACGACCUGCUUCGUUCAUUGCAAGCUAUCGAGCCCUCCAACAGAGUCCGCGAACCGGCGGAAACAGCCACAGACGCGUGGGGUUCCAUUCAACUACAGCUCUAUUCUCCUCCAUUCCACGAGUACCGCCGAUUAUUCCCCGAGCUAGCACCAGGAUGCGGGCAAAUUGGACUGGACGAGCUCUUUCCAGCUCAGAGAAGUGCCUUCCUGGCAGAGAAGAAUCGCGUCGGCGACCUCGUACUAGCGCACCAAAGCGUGUCGAUGGCGCGCCAGUACUCCAAGACGGGGUGCCCCGUCAGCCUCCGACCUCAGAUCUGGCGCCAGGUUCUAUCGGUACCCGUCACCACGCAGGACCGGAGCCACUUCGAGCAUCUGAAGACACAAGCGGCUCAGUGGACGUAUCUCACUGACGACAUGUAUUUGCUCGAUCUCCAGCAGACAAUCGACAGUUCGGACUACUUCGUCUUCCAAGAUCACCUCGAGAGCGUGCUCAUGGCUUUCACGCGCGAUACGUACGUCAAGGGCCACGCACUACAAGUAAAUGGCACCGUCCACGGCUCACUAGCUGGAACAGAAUCCAAGCCGGACGAAGCUGCAAACGAAGACUCGGACAGCAGCGUACCACCAAAUGGAGUGUUGCCUUUCAGCGGACUUGUCAUGUACAUGGCUCCUCUUGCAUACCUCUACGCUGAUCCGGUCGAACUAUACAUUAUCUUCCGCGAGCUGUACGCACGAUACUGGAGCAAGCUGAACGCCAUCCGCACUGAACGAGGAACGAUUCUGCCUCUCUGCAAGCUGUUUGAAGAUCUUGUCGUGCGCUCCAGCCCCGCCGCUGUCUUCCACCUCAUAAAUAUCGGCGUCAAACCCCUGGACAUCGCCUUCCCCUGGAUUCAGAGCGCCUUCUCCGGUACACUGGACAUCGACCAAGUCCUCCUGCUCUGGGACCGAGUGAUCGGCUACGACUCGCUAGAACUCGUCGCCAUCUUCGCCGCGGCACUUUUCCAUUUCCGCGCCAGUGAGCUGGAGACUGUCAACUCGCGUGAAGAGGCCGAAGAACUUUUUGCCGAGCUCAUAGAUAUCCACGUAGUGACUUUGUUACAGGAAUAUCUAUUUGGGCUUCCGUAG